CCAAAAUACGCACGAUCUUCACCAAAAACCAAAAAAACAACGCCCGAAACCCCCCCGAAGAGCCCUACAAGCACUUUUUACUUGCUUCGUUUCAGUGUCAUCGUUUCUUGACCGCUGAACAUUUUUUGGAGAUUUUGUCGCGAUGGCUAUGAUAUAGAAUUUGACGCUCCCACGAGCUUUUUACGCGUUACACCCUGGGCACUCUUACUGGACACUCUCUACUGUUUCUCGAACCUCGAACCACUACCAUAACCAUACCAUAAUCCAUUCUUUUCUUCCGAACCGUGACCUCGACAUGGACGAUCCAGAUGUAGCAUGGCCUGCCUGGAAAUUCGGCAUGAAGAGGGAUGACCUCUUUACCAACCUCCACCAACAAUACAAUACCUUUACCUUCAACCUCCAAGAUCCCGAAGCUUUUCAUCAUGACGUUUACGAAAUUUCCCACGAUGCCGAUACCGUCGAUGAGUUCCACCGCUUGAUGGCUGAGCGAAAGCAACAACGGCUCUGCGAGUUACACGAAUCCCUCGAGUCUCUCGCCGUUGAGAUCAUCGCCAACCCCAAGUUGAUGGACUCUGAGCAUUGGCAGCAUGCUCUUCAACUUUUCCGCACCAAAUCUUUUGACUCGAUCGUCCGUUAUUUUGCAAGCUACCUCCCCGCUAACUACGUUGAUCGUAACGAACGCGAUCACGAUACUAUUUCUAUUGCUUCAUCCUCUUAUUCCGAAGCCAACAGCGUCAAGACAGACAGCACUACGGCCAGCAGCGUCGACGGUGUUUCAAGUUUCUUUGAUGAUGAGCCUGUCAUGAAGAAGAAGUCCCCCCUGUCUAUUCACACAGAUAUGCGGUCAUCUUCCAUCGUGCAGGCGCCUCCUUCGCCGCCCCACUCUGUGGUUGCGCACUCAGAUGAGUCUUCUGCUUCGUCUCCUAUGGAGUCGCACCGAUACUCUUCUAAUCCCCCUUCUCGUUCCAUGUCGUUUUCUGGGUCCGUGUCAAGGCCUUUUCUUCCUGACUUGCCCCGAUUACUCGUUCACGACGACGAUGAGACCUCACAGUCCGAUGACAAUGACGAGGCCGUCAUUUCGGAUUUGGAUUGUGCAGAGAGCCAGUCGUCACUGGACACCAUGGAUGAAGGGGAGCAACCUCAAGAGUAUGAGGACGAUCUCGAAGACGAGGACGAAUUUCCUACUGCUCAAUUUCCUGAAGAUGCUAGCGACGCUUUCGAUUUCUGUAACGAUACCCCGGAGUCCAAUGACACACCAACUCCUCGACAGGAGACUACCGCGUCCUGCUAUGUUGAAUACAAAUCUGUUGCGGCCUGGAGAAUCCCGUCUCCUCGUCGUUCAACUUCCCCUUCGCCAAAAAGCCACACCUACCGCCGAGAAAGCUCAGUCCUGAUGGACAUACGCCGGAGCCCCGAAGAAUCACUAAGUAAGAUUCAAAAAACUAUGCACGAUAGUCAAAGGAAACGGCCGGUGAUUUGGAGAAGGCUGGAUUAGCGUUUGGGGAGGCAGGGUGCUUUGUAUAUACUUGAAGCAAGCGAUAGAUACCUGUAUCUUAUGACUUUUAACUGUUUUUCUAAUC